UUUUAUUUCUCAAGGUUUGAGGAAACGUGACUAUGAAGUCUGUUAUUAAACGUGAAUAAAAUGUUCAAAAAUUUUGAAAUGGAAAGCCAAUCAACAACUUAAAAACAUACAUCAACUUACUGUCUGUCUGGUACACGUUAUUUCUCCAACAAACAAUCUCGGAUCAAGCUGAAAUUUUGCACACUUAUUUCUUUUACACACGAAUACAUUAAAAUAAACAAGGCAAAAGACAGGGAGGAAUGGAGAAAGACGGUCGACGAGUCUUGCUUGGUACCCCAAAGAUCCAACAGACUAAGGGAUAGGUAAAGGUAAAGGCAAAACAGAGAGUAAUGGACGAAGUAUUUCCAAGGUGAAUGUUUUAUCUCACAGAAAGUGAUGUAUAGAUUUUCAAAUGGGGAUGUGCAUAAAGUCUCAGCAGUUUCCUUGUCUUAAUCUCAUUUUUAUCUCUCUUUGUCUUUUGAAAGUUGUGUUCAGUCAAAGAAUACAACUCUUUCCCUACAAUGAAACAAAGAACUGUAAGAUGAGUCUUGUGGAAGAGAUGGACAGAAUUGUCAUGUACGGCAAAGUGGAUCUAAACGGAAAUAUAAAGACACCUUCAGAUGUCUACUUUGAAAUCAAAAGAAAAUCUGAGCUGAGUUUUGGAUUACUUUGUUUUUUAAAAGUACCAGAGGAUUGCUACAAAUACUCUAAUAACUAUUGCAGCUGUCAUAAAACUAAUGACCCUAAAGUAUUUCAAGUGUUAGGAAAUAUAACUGCCUAUAAAGAAAAUAGCGAGGCAGAUUUACGAGCAGAAUUGGUUUACAGAGAAACAUCUUUCUAUAGUGAAAUAAGGCAACUGCCAAUAGUAUAUGGCUCUGAAACAGACUCGGUAGAAGUGUAUGUAAAUGAUCAAGUUGUCAACUCCACACAAAGCAAUGUUACUAUCAAUGACACGCAAGUUCGGAUAUUUUCAAAGUGUCUUGAAAAAUUUAGACUACAUUGUAAAUUACAGCUGACCAACUCAGAGACUCAAACUAUAUUAAAGACAGAGAAACAAGUUGUCGUCUAUGAAGGCAACUUUGACAGCAAAACAUACUUUGAUCUGAAAUACACCAUUUGUGAUAUUCCAAGAAACAUUUCAUUUUUAAUCAAUACAGAAACCACAAAGCCUAUUAUUAAGCCUUUUAACUUUGACUUAACUUCAUUAGAGAAGACAUUGUUAACAACAACUGUUCUUUCAAUAUCAAUGGCUUUAUUUUUGUUGUUCUUUUCAUCAAGAAAAAAGAUAGAGCAUACGGUGUUUGUCUUUAACAGUAAAAACACCCAAGAUGAUUUUGGAGAGGAGUUACAAUCUUUGAUACGUUGGAAUCGUGAGUCGAAUGAGAAAUUUCAAGAAGAAAACACAAGAAAGUCUGACGAACGACAGAAGAAAUGGACACACGUUUCAGAUGUGCCGAUUCGUUAUAGCGAUAUUGAAUUUCUAAAUCUACUUGAACUUUUGGCACAGCUGACAUGUCGUAUACAUUUAAAGAAAAACUCUUUUUCUACAAACUCUAGGAACAUAGGUAGUGCACUUGUGACCAGUGUUUUAAAAUAUUAUUGUGGUGUAGGUAUUGAGACUGUAAAGGGUUCUCAAACUCGCGUGUGUCCAUGUCCAAAGUGUCUCAAGUCUAAAUCAGCAAGCGACACUUGGGCUGAGAUCUUCAUUACAACAACGUCAGCCAUUAUGAAAAACAAAAACUACCACAAACAAAUCAUGUGUGAACUUUCUACAGCAGACAAUAAGACCACCAAGUUACGGGAUUUGUCUGUUGAAAAUAAAGACCCAGAGAAAACUGGCCGCUGUGUAUUGAAGUAUGUGACAUGUGAUCAAGCUCUUAUAAAUAAAUUACAAGUUUUACAAGAAGAACGUUUUAGACUGGAAGAACAAGUUCAAGAAAUAUUUCAUCAACACAAAGACCAUGACAAGAUUUAUUUUGCUCUUGAUUAUCGAGAAGAUGGCACAAAACUGAUACGUAUUGGACUUUGGUUCGAGGGAAAAACUAAACAUAAUGUGCGUACAUAUCACUAUGAUCCAGAAAUUCCUUUUAUUAAUAUAGGAGCUCCUGUUGUAUUGAUGGGCUACAGUGAUAAAGAAAACGAAUACAAUCACACACGAUACCCAACUGGAGCGUAUUUAUCUUACAAUAUUAGUUCAUCACAUUUUGCAAUCGUAUUUUCACAAAAAGUAAAAACUCAUUAAUUCUUCGUAUGGAAACAGUGACAUUGAUUUUUACUUGGAAGCAAGAUGGUGAUAUAAAUGUAUUUAUAUAUCGACUUUUAAUUGUGAUCUGCCAUUGGUUAACAGUGGGCUUAUUAAUCAUAAACACUUUUCAAAACAUGGAGUAAAUCACUUUAAAAAUCCAAUCUCAAAAAUCUUUAUUUUAAAUAUCUAAAAUUAACUCACCAACAUUUUUUUUUUAGCUUUUCAUUAUCAUAUUGAGCCGCAAUUUCGCACUUAAACUCGUGCUACGUAUGUGUUAUUAAAAUUAAUGAAAAUUCAUCGCCUUAUUUAUGGAUUUAUAAAAGAUUUGUAGUUAUUGUUAUACUGAUCCCAUGUAAAAGGAGUCAUACUGUUCUUUUAUUAUAUAUACAUAAAGUAUCUGAUAAAUAUGUAUAGCAUUUGAUAUGAAUUUCAUUUCUAUUUAGUAAUGAUUAAACUUUAACAUCAUUUGGGUCUAUUAGCACUAAGAAGAGCAAAUGAAAAUACAAAAGAGCUUUAACAGAGGAAAGAGAAAGUCGAAUACCUAACAAUCACUGUUUCUACUUUAGAAGAUUACCAUACCAUAAUUAUUUACAUCGCAUGUUAUCAUUUUAUUGCGUCCAUUUGAAUACAAAAAAAAAGACCGAUUCUACAUACUUACACAGAUAUAUGAUACGAUUUUUCACACCAUUGAACAGGACCUGAGUUAGGCUUGAUAAAAUAAAACAUAUUUUUCAAAGAAGUUAAACACGAGGCGUAAUUGGGCAAAAAUAAAAUAUGUACUUUUUGGGCAAUUUAUUCAGACUGUUUGUCUGUGCUCAUUCUAAUUUUAUAUUAAGUUCCAAGCUACUGAAUAGAGCGCAUUUACUUUUAACUUCUGGUGUACAUUUUUAAGCGUUAUAUGUAGUAACUUAGUAAUAGAAGAGCAAUAUACGGUAACGUUCAGAAAAAAAGUAGGAAAAACAAGCAAAAUGUAAAAAAAAAUCAUCCUCUUUAAAAAAGCUUUUCUAAAGGGGAAGAAAUCCGUCUUUAAAACUAUAUCAAUAAGUAAUGUACACGUUAUAUCCCUUAUUUGAUAUCAAACAAAAUAAUUAAUCAAUUAAUUCCCAAUAAUUAUUUGACUUUUUGUAUUGAUUACUGUUUUGUUAGGUGAAAUUGUUUAUUGUAUCAACUGAAUAGGAGAAUGUUUGUGGUAGAAAAAGACUUAACAAUUAUUUAAGGGGUAUUAACAUACAAAUUUAACCAUAUUUACGUAUACUGGAUAGUUGGUUUCCCUUGUUGUUAUCAAACAAAAUAUCAAUUACCAGUAAUUAAUUUACUAAUCGACUACUUUUUUUUUAUUGAUUAGUGUCUUGAAUAAUUGUUCGAAGUUUUAAUUUGAUCCGAGAAUGUUUGUGGUAGAAAUGACGUCUACACACAUUUUAACCAGACAGACAGAGUUGAUAUAACAUUUGUAAAAAUAGUUAGAUAGGGACAAAAGAAAGAAGAGGCGACCCAGAAGUCGCGAACUAAAAGGCACCUUAAAGUUUGGUUACACCCAGAACAAUACGGAAAGUAUGACCCGGAAUCGAAAGUACAAAUAUAAUACCCAUGAUUCAUUUUGGAGAUAGUAGAAUAGUCUCCACAUAUAUAUGACAUACGCAGAUUCGGAAUUGUCUAUAAAUCUAUUGUAGCUCACUACUGAGAUACACGGAAACAACACAUAUCUGAAUAUAAUUUAAACUUAAGUUAAAUGCUGUAAACUCAAUUCCAUUAAAUAAGUAUUCACUAUAUAAAUCACAAGGAUAACUCGUCUGACAUAAAAAUAUAUAGUUGAAAAUAAAUUGCAGUGAAAAUACUGGUGAUCAGAAAUUUAACAAUAAUUAAGCAUGGUCAAUAAUCCAUUUGGAAUAAUAGGCAAGUAGUAGUGAUUUUGAACAAUAUAGUUCUGAACGUAUCAAUAGCUGCACGAAAGCAUGCGUGGGCUUAAAUGCACCAUUGUGUGUCUAAAAGUAUGUAACAGUUAUUGUAGCUGGUUUAAUAUAUGAAUAGUUAUUUUGCAUGAUUUUGAAACUAUAUGAUAUUAUGAAUGAGAAAAGUGUACACUUGAAAUGAAAGUUUUGUUAAAGUUUAAAUAUUCCUGUUACAAUAUAAAAAUUAACGUAACACCCCCACAAACGUGAAGACUGGCUUAUUAUUUUUUUAAAGUACUGUAAAAAUUAUGCAAAGCAGACACAGUAAGCAUUGAUAAACUAUAGCUCUUAGCUUGAUUUGGUUGUUGGUGGCACAAUGCCCUUCUUGGAUUGUGGAGCAAUUUAUCUGGUUAAUUCCAAUAAAAACGAGACUAAUGUUUAUUAAAUUGUUAAGGACUUCGUAGCAGGACUACCUAUUAAUUCAUACGACUACUCAACUAAAACUAAUAACAUUUCGUAUUUCGAAUUAUAGCAAAAAUUGGGCUUUUUAACUUCCGUUUCGUUUUAGGGCUCAGAUCUGUUGGGAUUUGACAUUAGUUGGGUAAAGUACAGGCGGUUGGUGUUGUCCGUGACACGUGAUACCCUCGUCUAGAGUCGUAUGACUUUUACAUCGUCUGACCUAUAGAUAGUAAGUUCUGAAAGUAAGACAUUAACUGUAUGUAUGUAUGUAAUGUACAAUUAUUUUGAUUUUACGAAUU